AUGGCACCGCUCCAGGUAUACUCUUCCGCGCUCGUGUUUGCGGCAGAGAGGAGCGUUAUUCGGCGGACAUUCGAAGGAGACAUGCCCAGGUGGAUAACAAACAUACCAAUCGCGGAAUUGGACUGGAGUCUCUGCCUCCAGACGCUUACCGGCCACGAUGGUUCUGUCCAUUCGGUCGCCUUCUCGACAGACGGCAGUCGGCUAGCGUCGGGCUCGAACGAUGCAACCGUCAAGAUCUAG